AGGGUGUUGAACCCUUAGUCAUUGCAACUGUGAACUAUACUGAUGAUGACUGAAAGAGACUGAAGGCUUGCAGGUUGAAAUGAUUUCUGCUGAUACAAAAGAGUUUGAGAUGAAAAAUGAAUAUACAAAUAAAAUGAUGGUGCUUAGUCUACAGACAACAAAACCCCUAGAUUUUGAAUAUCGUAUGUUCUACAAAUUGCUGUUUAAUAUCACUAGCAUUGACACCAGAGGGAAUACAAGGACUGUGACUCAGACAAUCCUGGUGUCACUGGAGGAUGUGGGAGAUAAUCCACCAUAUUGGAUGAAUUACUUUCCAACCUUCAGAUUUUUGGAGGGUGACCCAGGGAGAGACAUGUUCCGUGUGGAAGCUCGUGACAGAGAUGUGAUGAUCAACAACCUCAUCAAGUACAAAAUCAGUGAAGCCUGUACUCACCCCUGAAGAUGUGAAUUACACGAAAGCGCUUGGGA